UACUGCGGCGUGUGAAGGAGUUGCUCCUUUACUGCGAGCUUGCCAGCAGAGGAAGACGAGCAAAGAAGAAGAGAAGGCAUUGGGCUAGCAAAGCCAACGGUCUGUGCGUCCUAUCUUUGAUCAUGAAUAGCUCCAAGGAGGUCGUGCACUCCGCUGCCAAAGAGUUUCUACAGUUUGUUAACAGAGGGGCGUCUCCAUAUCAUGUGGUCGAUGAAUGCCGACGACGCCUGCUGGAGGCAGGAUUCAUCGAGCUGAAGGAGACGGAGCAGUGGGACAUCAAGCCGGCCAGCAAGUACUUUGUGACCAGGAACUUCUCCAGCCUCAUUGCCUUCGCUGUGGGCGGACGCUAUCUGCCAGGAAAUGGUUUCUCCAUGAUCGGAGCGCACACAGACAGCCCCUGUCUCAGGGUAAAGACGAGAUCUAAGAGGACGAAGCAGGGCUGUCUGCAGGUCGGAGUGGAGUGUUACGGAGGCGGCAUCUGGAACACCUGGUUUGACCGCGACCUGACUGUAGCUGGACGUGUAAUGGUCAAGAGUGAAGGUAAACUGGUGAGCCGACUGGUUCACAUCUCCAGACCUGUGCUCAGAAUUCCUCACUUGGCCAUUCACCUGCAGCGGGACAUCAACGACUCCUUUGGCCCCAACAAGGAGAACCACCUUGUGCCCAUUAUUGCCACUGCUGUCCAGGAGGAGUUGGAGACAGGCUCUGCAUCCUCUGGAGAUGCCUGCUGUGCUGCUAACACGGCAGAGAAACACCACCCAGUGCUGGUGAAGCUGCUGUGUUCGGAGCUCGGCGUGGAGCCUGAAGCCCUGCUGGACUUUGAGCUCUGUCUGGCCGACACUCAGCCUGCGGCUCUGGGAGGCGUGUACGAGGAGUUCAUCUACUCUCCUCGUCUGGACAACCUUCACAGCUGCUACUGUGCCCUGCAGGGGCUGGUGCAGUCCUGCUCUGGAGAAUCUCUUCCAGAAGACACCAACAUCCGCAUGAUCACGUUUUACGACAAUGAGGAGGUGGGGUCAGAGAGUGCACAGGGCGCUCAGUCCAACCUGACGGAGCUCAUCCUCAGCCGCCUCGCCUCCUCCUCCUCCAACCUCACCGCUUUCCAGCAGGCGGCGCCGCUGUCCUUCAUGAUCAGCGCUGACAUGGCACACGCGGUGCACCCCAACUACCAGGAGAAGCAUGAAGAAAACCACAGACCAUCUUUCCACAAGGGCCCAGUGAUCAAGUUUAACUGUAACCAGCGUUACGCCACCACGGCCGUCACUGCCUCUGUUGUUAGAGAGAUCGCCAGCCGUGUCAGUGUGCCUCUGCAGGACGUCAUGGUCCGUAAUGACAGCCCAUGCGGAACCACCAUCGGCCCCAUCCUGGCCGCACGCCUCGGCAUUCCUGUGGUCGACAUCGGAGGACCGCAGCUCUCUAUGCACUCCAUCAGGGAGAUGUGCUGCACCUCCAGCGUCCUGCAGAGCAUCACGCUCUUCAAGGGCUUCUUCGAGCUGUUUCCCACCCUGAGGAAAACGCUGAUCGUGGAUUAGAGGAGGGGAAGGGAUUAAGAAGGAUCACACGUCGUUUACAACAUGUUGAAAAUACGGCAACGCCUCCAGCUAAAACAUGUUCUAAACAAUUUUGUCCUGAGCACUUAUUGAUCUGUUUUAUGAAAUAAAAUUGUUAAAAAGUCUCUCUCUGUUCAGUGUGGAGAGUCUCGUGCUGCGGGAGGCAGCUGCUCCAAUUUAAUUUCACCUCAGUUUUAAUAAAGCACUUAGACGAGCCACAUCUGCUGCUCUGCCAAGUGUCUGGACAGAUUUUUGGCAGGAGGACGUCGAAUUUUAUAUCCAUGUUGCGCCACAUUGUUAUUCACAGAGGAUUAAAAACGUGCUGUUGUA